GUAUUAAAAUUUGUACGUUCCUGUACGUAUUUUCGUAUAUGUGUUCGUUCGUUACUCCGAGAAAAUAUCUUUACGAGUAAUAUACUUUUGUAUAUCAGAAGGAUCGUGCCACUGGACGAAGUCAUUUAUUUUGGUUUAGAAAUUAGUAUAUGUGUUAGUGAUAUAGCCAAUUCGUGAUGGCAGACGAAUUGUAGCGGUGCUUUUUCACCGUUCGACUUGAUAAAAUUUUUCAAGUACUUGUUUAUCGGAGAUCAAGAACUAAAAGAAAAAAAUGACCCGAGGAAAUCAACGUGAACUAGCAAGAGCUAAGAAUAUGAAGAAAACUGUUAAAAAAGCUGCCGCUGAGCAGGAAAGCAAUAAAGGUCUUUCAUUAGAACAACGAAAGGCACGAGAUGCGGAACGAAUGAGAGAAAAACAACUGAAAAAGCAACAAGAGCAACAAGAGAAGACUAAGGAAGCUGCAAGAUAACUUUUUAAAAACUAUCUGUAAAUUUUUACUAACGACGGAAUCAAACUUUGCAAGUAUGUUUUUAAAAUUGACGAUCAUAAUGCAUCAAAGUUACAUCCAUUGCGAGCACAUAAAGAGUACACAAUGUCUUUGAUCUUAGAGAAUUUCUUCAUUAUUCUCUGUAUGUAACAUUAUGAUGUAUAACUGGACUUAGCUCUGCGUGAUGUUAUUUACAUAUUAUUCGUAAUAAUAGUCAAUAUGUAUAAAACUAUUGUUACUUAUAUCUUGAUGGUCAAAGAAAAUCUAUUUGACCGUAGUAGACUUUAAGGAUAUUAAUUAAAUGAUAUGAUACUUGUAGUAAUAAUUUUGUGUAAAUUUAAACUUCAGUUAUUUAAUAUGUUGUGUAAUUAAGUGAAAGCACAGAACGAUAAAGAGAAAGGAUAUGUAUGUUUGUCAUUUCCUUAUAAUAAAUUAUGCAAAUUUAUUAAUAUUCGAAA